AUGUGCGCGGAUGCAGUUGAGGUCAAACUUAUUUGCUCGUGUGCUUCCUCGUUGGUUGGUGAAGGGGCUGGCGGCGGCAGGCGAGACGACGUCAUCCAGGAGGAGGCUGGUGAAGCUCUUUCGCGCAGAGCGGCUGACGACUCGACGCGGGCGGCGGCGCUGCGACGAUCCGCUGUCUCGCUGGCCGUCGCGCGCGAGGGAAAGGAGCAACUUGCCUACUGCGUCACAGCGCCCGCGGCGAGCGACUCUGCGAGUCACGCAGUUCUCUCUGCAGAAGUCGCGUUCUGCGCCGCGCGCCCGGCGAAGUUCUCGGUGUACGUACUGCCCACGAGCGCCUGGGGCGGCGCCGGCGAGGCAGGGGCCGAGGGAGAAGCAAACGAGAGCGGGGACGACUCGCACUCGCCGGUGUCGACUGCGUACGCGUACAAGUGUCCGCGGCUCGUGGAUUCUCAGUUUUCCUCACCGAGAUCCUCGAGCCGAGCUUCCGUCGCGUCGCUCGCCACCGCGUCGCGUGACCUUCAACGAAGACACCGACCCCGCGAGCGGCGCGCCUCAGGGGGCACAGCCGCUGCGUCGCCUGGCGCGGGCGGCUGCUGCGAGAAAUGGACGGCGGAGACGCGCGAAAAGGAAAGGAGUUUCCACUCCCUCACGACGUCGCGCGUGCUCGCCGCGGAACUCUUCUUCGAUGCGACGCUUCUCAGAGAGCACCGGCGCCGCCACCACAAUGGAGGCUUGGACGAGCUCGACGUGAUGACGCUGCCGGUUGCCAUUCUGUCCGUCGUCGAGGCGUGCGGCCUCGACCUCCAGCGGGAGCUUCUUGAAAAUAUUCACCUCGUCGGGGGCUCAUCCUUGAUUCCGGGCUUGGCCGCGCGACUCCAAGCGGAAGUCACGAACCUCAUUCGCCGGCGGAAGGCGCACAGCUCGAUCCUCCCGCGGGUGCACACCUUGCCUUCUGCGCUGCAGCUGCACGCCGUUGCUGCCGGAGGCUUUCGGUUUGCACUUGGGCCUCAGUUCGACCUCAAUCACAUUAGUCGCCAUCAGUACGAGGAAUACGGGACUUCGUUUCUCGAGCGCUUCAGCGUCAGAGGUCGACUACGAUGA